CACACUCCCUCAAACAACCUAUUACCCCUGUGGAGGCUUAGCGGUCUUGGCGGAAACGAUCACCAGCAACGACAACAACAACAACAGUUACAGUUACAAUGCAUUGUGUACAUGCACGUGUACAUUGUGUGAUAGUCAAUUGAAAAUGGAACCUGAAAAAUCACAGUUGAAAUGUGGAUUUGCUGUCAUAUCCAAGGAUAUCGAGUGUGGUACUUACGCUUCAUACCCCAAUGACAAGAGUGUGAUCCCCUUGAAACAAUGUAAGAAGGACGUGCACUCCCAUUUGAUGCGUUGGAUGUCCUCCAGGAAAGCCAGUCAAGUCAAAAGUGAAUGGGAGCUCAUAGCACUUCGUGCUGGCGUGUUUGAUAUGAGUUCUCCAGUUCUGGACACCACAAUAUGCCCGAACCACCGAUACAAGUUGAGUUUAUCAUGGAAUCAGCAAAGGAGAUGCCAGCACCCACUUCAUCAACCCUCUAAAACAAGUCGGAAGCCCAGAAAAGAUGGUGGUUCAGUUCAUCGAGUGAUGUCUCGGGAAAUAUACAUCAAGUGGGGAGUUUUUGUCCCAGUUGGCUCAGCUCUGUGUAAAGGAUGUGAGGCUAAACAUCGAGUAUCUGUGGCAAAUGUAGAACCAGAAGUAGAACCAGCACCCAUGGAUACAGAGUCCGCUGUUGCCUCUUCCUCUGUUCAACCAGCCGACGCCUUAGAAAACCCAGCAGACGGGACAGAAGGGCAAAUUUGAUGGGUAGUGUUGUUGCAACAGUAUCAUAAGGACUGCUGGUCAAGCACUCUUGAGCUGGGAGAGAGAAAUGAUAAGAGGGUGGAGACAGAUUUUCUGAAAUGUUGGUCUUUGAGUCAUGACUGGGCAGAAUUAGCCCAGUGAAAGUUGUCAGCUACACAUCAAGAAUUCUUGAUUUAGAAUGAAAGGGUACAACUUUAUUGGAUGUACAUUCAUCAGGCUUGACCUGAGAUUUUCCACGCCAUUGAUUGCAAAUGCAUUGUUCGCAUUCUGCAAUACAUCUCUCUUUUUCUAAAAAAAAUACAUGGUGAAUUUCCUAA